AUGACUGCACAUGACAGAUGGUCUAAAUGGGUGUGCUUCAACGGAACCUAUAUCGGCAACGAGUGGGAUUCGUAUUCGGAUGUAGCAGGGUCUUCAGAUAACCCUGACCAUUGUGGUUAUAAUCCGGCCUACGAGUUCUGGAAAUUCAAGGUGCUAGGCCAGACAGGGAUAGACGGGAUACAUAACGUAGGAGGUAUUGUUGGGCAUCUUGCCCUAGCCCUCUUCCUCGCAUGGACGCUCAUCUACUUUGGCCUCUGGAUGGGAGUCAAAUGGAGCGGCAAGAUGGCUUAUGUCACCGUUCCCUAUAUACACCUUGUACUAGCCGCAUUUCUUAUACGUGGGGUCACUUUACCAGGAGCGUCUUUGGGUUUGCGGAUUUUUUUCUACCCCAAAAUAUAUUUACUUGGAAGAACACAGGUGUGGAUAGCCGCUGGAACAGAAGUUUUCUAUUCCUUCUCGAUUGGACUAGGUGCUUUCACAGCCCUUGGAAGCUUCAACAAAUUUCAUUACAACUUCUAUAGGGACAGCAUGAUCGUAGCCUCCUUAAAUGUGAUUACAAGUAUCUACGGUGUUCUCAUCGUCUCUUCAUUCGUUGGCUUCGUAUUGACCAGUGAGGGAUUCCAAGAAAAUGAUGUCUUUACUGGGAGGGGGAUGAGGGCUCCUCCCCUCCCACCCUCUAUCCUUCACCCCAACCCUAGCACCACUGACCUACUGGUGGGGAGGAGGAUGAGGGCUCCUCCCCUCCCAUCCUCUAACAUUAACCCUAACUCCAUUGACCUACUGGUGGGGAGAGGUGAGGGCUUCACCCCUCCCACCCACUAA